AUGGCUGAAGCCUCUCCUGCCGCCGCCUGCCCCGGCCGCUACAGCCGCUCUCCACCCCCUCGUCCGCGUCCUCCUCCGCUGCGGGCGGGCGAGGCGGGCAAGGCGGCCGGUCGUGGGGAAGGGAAGGGAGCGAGCGGGGGGGGGGGAAUCUGGGGAAGGGGGAGGGAGGGUAAGGGGGAGGGGCGGGCAAGCAGGCGGGCGGGCUGUCGGUGUUCUCUGUCCCCCUUCUCGCUCCGCGCUCGCUCAGGCUUCUCGUCCAGGCUGGAGAGGCUGCUGCCCCCCCUCCCCUCCCACCCCACCCUUCGGGCCGGGUCUCCGGGCUUUCCCCCCCUCUUCCUCCUCUCCUCCUCCGCCUCCUCCUUCAACACAAAUACCAACUCCUCAGCCCGACUGCAAAUCUCGCCGCCGCCACACUCGCUCCGAUAUCGCCUCGCGAGACUUCCGCUCUUUCCUCUCCCUCCCUCCGCGCGUCUCUCUCACUCUCUCUCGCUCUCGCUCUCUCUCUCUUUCUCACCGGCUCCUCCCUUCCCCCCCCAACCGACCUCGCCGUUUGCUGUGACAGGCUGCCGUGAUUUAGACCCCGCCUACACCCUCCCAGCUCCGCCCGGAUUGGGGAAGGAGGAGGGAGAUCAUCCCGCCUCCUCUGCGCGUGACGUCACUACGCUGACGUCGAUCCCUCCUUUUCGUAGCUCUGUCCCCUCUUCUCCUCCCAGCCCCCCAACGGUUGGAACUGGCGGUGUGUGUGCAGCUUCGGGCUUCCCGGGCUGCGCUCGGUGGUUAGCGGGGCGUUGUUGCACUGCCUGCUGAGCGGCUCGCCUUCCCGCACUCCCGUUCUCUCCGCAGCCGUCAGCCGCGGAAGCGCCGCUCGCCGCGCCUCUCCACUCCCUCUUCCGCCGCCUUCGAUGUGGAGAAGUGGGCCCGGGCAAGGGAAACUGAGGAGGCUGAUUUGAGGAUAAGUGA